AUGCAGCGCCCUACCCAGCAGGAUCAAUGGGAUCCGUUGCUGCCUCAUUUGCUGCCUAAUCAGGACCAGGAGAACACGAGCAUCAACACAACAGAAGCAGCAGCAGCAACAGCAGCAGCAGCAGCAGCAGCAGGAGCAGGUGCAGCAGCAGCAGGAGGAGCAGGAAUAACUCCUGCAGAGCAGCAAAUAUUAAAGGAAGCAUUUGAUAUAUUUGAUAGAGAUGGCGAUGGUCUGCUGCAGCCAAAAGAAAUUAUGGCUGCAUGCACAGCAUUAGGUAUCGAUACACCUGAAUCUAUGCAGCAGCAGCAGCAGCAGCAACAGCAGCAUUACGACACAACUUUGGCACAUGAACAGCAGCAGCAGCAGCAGGAGCAGGAGCAGCAGCAGAAGGAGGAGCACUAG